AUGCAAGUUGACACUUUGGAUUGGUACAAAUUAAAUUCUCUGUCCAGUUUACAUUUCAUCAUAUUUCUAACUGGAAUCUGCCUCAUUGUUGAUUCUGCCAAACCAGUCAAUCCAAGUUCCAGUCGUCAAAUGUGUAUGAAAAUUCAAUCAAUGCUCUCGCUCGGAAAACAUCACACAUACCAAAUCUCAUCUAAUUUAACUUAUGUACCACGAAACUAUGCUCAAAAUUUUCUUGCUUACUCACCUAUCGAUGAUCUACUCAUCUUUCUCGAACCGAAAUAUCAACUGCAUGUAUAUAGUGCCCAAGCCGUUCAUCUUAUCGGACGUAUUCCAACAGCAAAUAUUGUCUAUGCAUCAUCAUGUAUAUCUAUAACGACCGGUGAUCGUUAUGACUUGUGUUUCAUCUAUGAAUCCCGUAUCAAACCAAAUGUUAUAUCUAUACGUGUAUGUGAAGUACGCUUUAAUACGACGAAACUGCAGUUUGAAGACAAGAAAUGUAUUGAUUCAACAAUACGCAGCGAUCGAACAAACAUUCGCAUCAAUGGAUUUACAAUAAAACGUGAUCAUUUCGGAACGAAACGAUCUCUGCUAUUUGUAUCGACAAAUUUCGGUCUGGUUUACACAAUAUUUGAUUUGCGGACGGGAAUCACUAUUCGGAAGCCGAUUGUUUUGAAUGAUACACUAACAGAGGGAAGUGUUGUUCUAACAUCAGCUGGUGUUGUCUAUUAUGCUAAUAAGGAAGAGCAUACGAUUCAUGAAAUACAUGUUACAAGAGAUUUUCGGAUCCGGUACGGGAAAAUUAUCAAAAGUAACGCGAUAAAAUCUCCAUUUGGUUUAAUCACGGAUGAAUGCAACCAUUUAUUUAUUUCGACGAAAACAAUGGUAUUAGUGAUGUAUAUGCAAACAUAUACAACUAUUCGGAGUAUAUUUUCGAGACCAUCGGAGUAUCCUAUUACAAUCGAACGAAUAAAUUCAUCGACGUAUAUCUAUCCAACCGUGAAGAAAUUACCAGGAAAAGCGCCAGCAAAGUGGUUAUUUAAUAUAUUUUCGUUUGCUGAUCCAACUGUACUGACGACGACAACUCCACGUUCCGCAACUCGUAUGAACAGAACAUUAUUUUGGAAAAUGAUCAGAGCCAAUCGAAGUACGAAACCAACUUAUAAUAUGUCAAUGUUCGUGACAACAGCGAUAACGCAUCUAACAGUGGAAACAACAUAUACAAGUCCUACUAUUCAAGAGGAAUCGAUGCAAACUGAUGAUACUCUACCGUAUUCGUCAACAGAACAAUUAUCAACUAUUGCAGCUGAUGAAAUUCAUAAUGAUACAGUGGAUGAAAGUACAUCAUUCGACACUGCGCGUUCAUCUGAUGAUGUUUAUAGCAGUACACCUCCAUUAUUUGAUCAAGAUUAUGUCUCGGAAAAUGACGAUACAACAACUGGAUAUUCGGAACCAGUCGUGGACGAUCAUAGUGUCAGCUUGAAUCCUAAAGAUAAAAUAGAUGUGGCCGUUGAUAAGGAUAGUCAUUCGCAAAACAAUUCAACACCUGCAUUACAAUCCACUCAAGAUACUUAUACGUCCACUGAAUCCAUUAGUAUAAUGUAUGAAAUUUCUUCUGAUGAAACAACUCUGCCAGCUGAUGGAACUUCGCAAUUUGUGACAUCGACUGCGAUAGAAGUAACGUCAUUAACAGAUCAGUUCGAAACUACAGCAGCCACUAGUCAGUCUAGCGCACAAACUUUCACCUCUGACCUGAUACUACAAAAUGACACGGAUAUGACUUCUACAUCACCAACCAAAUCGUUACUGACAGAAACGGUAUUUUCAGAUUUUGUUACUAUAAUGACAGUCACAGAUUCCUUAGCUUCAUCAAUAAAAUCUACUCAACGCGAAGAUACUGAUUCAACUUCAACACUACCGUUAUUUUCACAAAAAAUCGACUCACUUCUAACGAAAACAAUUCUUACCACUUUUAGUACACAUCAGGACAGCUAUCUAGAUUCUCAUAAAAUUAGUCAUGACAACUCUUUGUCACUGCCGAUAGAGAAUAGUAAUACUGCUGCCUUGCAUUCAUCAUCAUUGUCUCGUAUGUCUAGCACAACGUAUACACCUUCACACCAUGUUUCUGCACCAACAUCAUCGCACUCCUUACUUACACUCUCGAGCACCUAUUUAAACUCAUAUUUAUCAUCCGAACAAUUUUCAGAAUUGGAUACAACAGAAUUAAUUCUUUCGACUACACAAGUAACGUCAACAAGUACUCUUCAUACCACUACACCAAGUGUAACGUCAAUCAUUACGGAGCACAGUUCAAGGACUACUUUUUCGGAAAGACUGUCUUCUACCGUGACGACAUCUUCUCUUUUCGACACAUCCAUUGUCUCAACAUUAGUGACAACUAGCAAUUUAAUAACAUUAUCAACUUCUAAUCAUAUUCCUGAAACAUCACUUGCCUCGACAACUGUAACAGAACCGCGAACUACUGACUAUGAAACAACACUGACGAGUUUGAUUACUACCACUGUCACUAGUCUCGAUCCGACUACAAUCAUUCAGACCACAGAGGAACCAUCUACUCCUCUACCGACCACAAGUAUAGCAACAACUGAUGAAACAACUUCUCUGACCACCGAUUCGCCAACCUCCGACACAACAUUCAUAUCAUCGACAUAUCCAACAACGAUCACGAGCACGUACACAGAAGGAUACACUUCAAGUAUGGCAUCUACGGAAACUGUACUAGAGACAUCAACGCUUUUCUCAACUUUACCUACUGAUGAGCCUACUGAAACGAGUACAGAGAUUACAACCGAACUUACUACCGGAGACUUUUUGCUAUCUACUUCGUCAGCUACCGAUGCAUAUAUGGAAGACCACAACACAUCUACCCAACUAUAUACCGAUGAGGUUUCAACCACUAGCUCGGAUAGUGACACAACAGAAACGGCAACUCCUGAUUUGAUUAGUGAGACUACAGAAAUGUCAACCACCGAGUUGGUCAGUGACAGUACAGAAACUGAAUCGAGUACUUUGCUGGAUACAAACUUUUCUUCAGAGUCUGAGACUUCAAUCACGACUUCUUACCUCACUAGUCAAUCAGACAUAACUUCGCCAAGUGUACAAACGACAAGAGAAGAUGCGACAACGAUGGAAACUUCUACAGAUUCAUUUACUACGACCACUGAGACAGAGUUGAUUACAUCUUCUCUUCCCACAUGGUACUCCACACGAAAACCUGUUCCAGAACAACAAACAACCACAUACAAAUCAGCGGUACAUUCAAAUCUAUCAAAUACACUCCUAUCCAACGAAUUAUUCGACACUCUUCUGACAAAUUCAUCGAGCGAUCAAGUGAUUAGUUUUGAUCUAUCAAAUCUGCCGACAUCAUCUUGGAAUCUUUCUUUACAAACAAACAAAAGUAUUGUUCUCGAUAUCGCACUACCAGAUGCAUCGACUGCUAAUGGCACUACCAACUUAUCUAUGACAAAUAUCGUAGCAGAACGUUUCACAACAAAUAUUGUCGGUAGUCCAGUUAGUUUACAAGUAGAUCAAGUUCAAACUAAACAGUUCUCUUUAGCAAUGAAUUUAACAAGUAAUUUAACAAAUCAAAUGUCAUCCGAUGUGGUUAUUGGCCAUGUUAAGAGCGAACAAUUUCAAUUGGAUAUUACCAAAUCCGAUAAUAUGAAUAUUCAUGUUAAACAGGUCGAUUCCGAAACCGCGGAACUAUUUUUCGAUAGUAAAUUUUGUACGAAUGACACAAACUUACAAAUUAAUUUGAAUCUAACCAAGAAUGGAACAAUUCGGUACGGUAAUCGUUCGCCAAUUCGCAUUGGACCUGUUUUUACACGUGUACACAUGCUAAAACAAUCGUGUGAUCUUGAGCAACCAUUUACAGUGUUCUUCGAUAUUUGUCAAGGUCAAAAUCCAUGUUUAAACGGCGGCACUUGUCAAUCGCAAACACCUAAUUACGAUGAUCCAUCUUAUAUACCCAAAGAAUCAGAGAUCAGUUAUACAUGUCUCUGUCCAAUGUAUAUCUUCGGCGAACAGUGUGAACAAUCCCAAUAUCCGAUGGGCUAUUGUAUUAACAAUGGUACAUUGACUUAUAUCGUCGAUUCGAGUAAUCGAUCCAUUGAAAGCUGUAUCUGUGCAUCAGGUUUUCACGGUGAACACUGUGAAGAAAACAUCGAUGAUUGUGUCAAUGUUCGCUGUUCGAACCAUGGCAUAUGUCAUGAUGAAACCGAUUCGUACACAUGUUCAUGUUUCGAUGGUUAUUAUGGAAGUGAAUGUGAGCAGAAGAACGUCGAAACUGUUCUCUUGCAAGUUGCUACGAAGUCUUUUGCGACUGUGGCCAUCUUAUUGAUUGCUGGUAUUGCUAGCCUGGUCGUUGCCAGUGAUAUACAUACAUAUUUCACACGAAAAAAGCAUGUUACUCGUCGUAAAAUGUAUCAAUGCCCGCGUGCAGAAUCGGAAUUAUAUGAAAACUCGGUGCUUUUACUCGGCUUUGGUGAUGCUCCUGUAGAAUUGAAUGAAAUUCGAAGUUCUCGUGGUCGACGAAGGAAACGACGGCCACUACCACCUCCACCGUCGACAUCGAAAGGCAAGAAGAAACGGCAGACUGGCCGGCAACGUACUCGCACAAAGAAGUACAAGAGCCCACCGCAGAAAAUCUCUUCAAGAACUCGUACAGUUACCAAUCCAGCUUAUGAAACUAUUCUAUGA